ACAAAUCCCCCUCUCUCUCUCUUUCUCAGUCUCUCAUACUAAAAUGACAAAUAUGUUAUCCACCUUUUUCUUUCUCUCUCAUCCCGCCUUAUAAAUUACGGUCCAAACCCAAACCCAACCCCCCCUUCUCUUAGCUCAAAAUUGACAGAUGAACAACGGCGUGACCUGCCAUUUCUGACAUCGAUCGAUAUCCCUUCCAUUGGAAGAACAAAGGAAAAAACAAUAACAUGCUCCUCUCCUUCAACUACCUCUCCGGCUCCCCCGGCCCCUCCGGCUUCGGCUCCAAAUCUACCGCCGAACACGUCACCUCCUCCCUCCCUCCUUCCUUCACCGCCAUCAUCACCGGUGCCACAUCAGGGAUUGGAGCUGAGACGGCUCGGAUUCUGGCCAAACGUGGGGCUCGUUUAAUCCUCCCGUCGAGGAACCUUAAAGCCGCUGAAGAAACCAAGGCUCGGAUUGAGUCGGAAUGCUCUGAUUCCGAAAUUAUUGUUAUGUCACUUGAUUUGAGCUCUUUGUCUUCUGUUAGAACCUUCGUUUCUCAAUUUGAAUCCCUCAAUCUCCCGCUUAAUCUCCUCAUUAACAAUGCGGGAAAAUUCUCGCACGAGCAUGCAAUAACGGAGGAUGGGAUAGAGAUGACAUUCGCGACUAAUUAUCUGGGGCAUUUUCUGUUGACGAAAUUGUUGGUGAACAAGAUGGUGGAGACGGCGAAAGUGACAGGGGUUGAGGGCCGGAUUGUGAACGUUUCUUCGAGUAUUCACAGCUGGUUUUCCGGCGAUAUCCUCAAAUAUCUCGGCCAGAUUAGCCGGAAUAAAAGGAAUUACGAUGCGACACGUGCUUACGCGCUCUCUAAACUUGCCAACGUUCUUCAUACCCACGAACUUGCUCGCCGAUUCAAGCAAAUGGGAGCUAACGUUACGGUGAACUGCGUUCAUCCUGGAAUCGUCAGAACUCGACUUACUAGAGAUCGUGAAGGCUUCAUCACAGAUUUGGUGUUCUUUAUGGCUUCCAAGCUCUUGAAGACAAUCCCUCAGGCGGCGGCAACGACAUGCUACGUGGCGACAAAUCCGAGGCUACGCCACGUCACCGGCAAGUAUUUCGUCGAUUGCAACGAAUCGUCACCGUCCAAACUCGCUGCCAGCCCGUCGGAGGCCGCACGUCUUUGGUCCGCCUCCGAGAUCAUGGUCAACGCAAGCUCAAAACUUCUUUUCGAUCCAAACAAUGCCUUGGAAUAAUUUAAUAACUCCAAAAGAAAAGAAAUUGCUUGUUUUGUUUGGAGAGAGAGAAUCUUAGUCCAACAAUGAAUUAUAAAAGUAUAUUAAUAGAUGGUAGGUAGACAAAAAGCAAGAAGCUAGCUAGGUAGUGGGGGGAAGGAAUAUAUAUAUAUAUAUAUAGUUUUCUUUUUUCUUUUUUAGAAUAUGGUCAUGGAUUUAUAUUAUAUAUAAUCAAAUAGUUCAACUUUA